AUGGUGGAGGGAGAUAAUCACAGCACCCACCUGCUGGCUUCAGAAGCCACAAGUCUGGAAGAACAGCUUCAAGGAUGGGGAGAAGUGAUGCUGAUGGCUGAUAAAGUCCUCCAGUGGGAAAGAACCUGGUUUCCACCUGCCUUCAUAGGUGUGGUUUCUGUGUUGUUUCUGAUUUUCUACUAUCUAGAUCCAUCUGUUGUGUCUGGUGUUUCCUGUUUUGUUAUGUUUCUGUACUUGACUGACUACCUUGUUACCGUUCUGGCACCUAGAAAUUUGCGCCCCAAUAAAUGGACCACUGAGCAACGGCAAAUAUUCCAUGAAAUGUGCAGCAAUCUAGUAAAAACUCAACCCAGAUCUGUGGGUCGGUGGAGAUGCCUCUUCACACUAGAGAAAGGAAAACCUAAGAUGUCCUUCACGACCAUGAUCGUUUCCCUUGCUGCAGUUGCUUGGGUGGGACAGCAAGUCCACAACCUGCUUCCCAGCUAUCCCAUGAUGACUUCCUUACUAUUGCUUCCUGGACUAAACCAACAUGAAGGCCUUUCGAAGUACAUUGGAAUUGCCAAAUGGGAGAUGAACAAAAUUCUCAAACAAAAAGAAAAAAAUGAAUAA